CACCCCCUCCCCUCCCCUCCCCUCCUCUCCUCUCUCCUGUGCAGCCGACGCGCUUCUCGUCUCCAGAACCUCGUCUCCACAAGCAUGUCCUCAGACAUGCAGCCACGGUGGCAUGAAGCGACCCAAAAGACGCCAUCGGGACGGCAUGUGCUCGGCGUCAUCGCGUUUGGCUCCACCGCGUUUCACUUCUUUUCUAACCAAAACAUCAACUCAGAGCAGCUCGAUGGUUUCUGGCGGAAGGGGGCAGAUUUUUCGUUUUCAGUGUUGGCUGCGAUCAUCAGAGCGGCGGGGCGGCUGGUGGUGGUGGCUGAGUGGCCAUGGCUAUUAACCAUGCAGCUGGAGCCAGAUACGCCCAUCGUUUCCGUCUGUCAGAGAAAAGUCUCGUUGGUGCUACUCGCAGUGCAGGCCCUCUGAAUAUGCCAGCGAAGCACAAGAAAGCCCUGUGAACUGCUUAAUGCUCUCUGUUCCAUCCGAGUUGUACGUGGCAACAAAGAAACCAAAUGCCAUGGAUGUCUUUAACUUUACAUCCUGGAACGCCUCUGAAGGCAAUGAGACCGAAGUCAUGGAGGAGAGAGACAGUCCUUACAAGACCGUGGAGGUAGUGUUCAUCGUGCUGGUGGCUGGUUCCCUGAGUUUGGUCACCAUUAUCGGCAAUAUCCUGGUCAUGCUUUCCAUCAAGGUGAACAGGAACCUACAAACUGUCAACAACUAUUUUUUAUUUAGCCUUGCAUGUGCUGACCUAAUUAUUGGACUGUGCUCCAUGAACUUGUACACAGUAUAUAUAGUAAUAGGCUACUGGCCCCUGGGGCCAGUCGUGUGCGACUUGUGGUUGGCUUUGGACUAUGUUGUCAGCAAUGCGUCUGUCAUGAAUCUCCUCAUAAUAAGCUUUGACAGAUACUUCUGUGUCACCAAGCCCCUGAGCUACCCUGUAAAGAGAACCACCAAAAUGGCAGGGAUGAUGAUUGCUGCUGCCUGGGUCCUUUCCUUCAUCCUCUGGGCACCUGCUAUCCUCUUCUGGCAGUUCAUUGUUGGUGGGCGGACUGUGCCUGAGAAAGAGUGCUACAUCCAGUUCUUUUCCAAUGCCGCUGUUACUUUUGGAACUGCCAUUGCCGCCUUUUACCUGCCUGUCAUUAUCAUGAUUCAGCUGUACUGGCAGAUCUCGCGAGCGAGCAAAAGUCGAGUGAAGAAGGACAACCGCAAGCCUUCAGGGUCAAACCCAGAACCUUUGAUACCGGGCCAGAGGAGAGAGAGCACUCCGAAACCCAACAACAACAAUGUUCCUGGGGAAGACGGAGCGCAUUCCCAGAACCAGACUGCAGAUGAUGGAGCCAACCAGCACGAUGGAAAGCUGCAGAAUGGAAAAGGGCCUUCAUCGUCUACUGCCGACGUAGAAACGGAGGGUGACAGUGUUGCAAAGGAGAACUGUGCUCCUGCAGAAGAGAAGGAGAGCUCAAAUGACUCCACGUCCGGCAGUGUGGCAGCUUCCAAUCAGAAGGACGAAGAACAAGUCGCCUCUGCAGCAAACUCCAGUGCUGAGGCUACGCAGCAGCUGCCACGGCAACGAGCCAAGGCUGGGGGCUCCAAGCUGACCUGCAUCAAGAUCAAGACCAAGUCCCCGAAGGGCGACUACUACACACCGUCAAACGCCACAGUUGAGAUCGUGCCAACCACAGAACGUCAGAACCACGUGGCGAGGAAGAUCGUGAAGAUGACGAAGCAACCGCCAAACAAGAAGAAGAAAGGAGCCCCGUCGCGGGAGAAAAAAGUGACCCGCACCAUAAUGGCCAUCCUGGUGGCUUUCGUAGCUACCUGGACUCCGUAUAACGUGAUGGUGCUCAUCAAUACUUUUUGUUCCAGUUGCAUUCCCAACACUGUUUGGACUAUUGGUUACUGGCUGUGCUACAUCAACAGCACCAUCAACCCAGCCUGCUAUGCUCUGUGUAAUGUCACGUUCAAAAAGACAUUCAAACAUCUCCUCCUCUGCCAAUACAGAAACAUUCGAUCAGCCAGAUAAAUACAAGCCCCCACUGUGUAUAUGUCCUACGUAUGGGUGUUGUGUUGUUGUCCAUGCAUACGAGUUUAUGUGAAAAAUGUGUGAGACUGAGACAAGAACAUUUCAAAAUCACUUUCUACCAUUUCAUCACCCGUUUUCCAAUUUCUCUCAAGAAGCUGUUGUAGCACUUUACUCUUAUUCAACUGAAUUCAGUUGCUGUCACUCGUGUUGUGCAGGAGCAGCGUGUAAGACGAGGGUUGUAAAAACGUAUUUAGGUUUGAAACCUUGAAAAAAAGAUCAGCAAACAUAAGGGGAGUAACGGAGAAGGACGCUGAGCUGAUCGAAAAGAAAGCAGGCUAAAAGGCAGAAGACGAUCAGUGCCGUAUGGAAAACGCUUCAAAAUGGGAAAAUAGGGCUGACUGAACUUUCAAACCUGUCAAGGUUGAAAUUCAGUAAAGAUAUUUGUAGAUAUCUGUAUAUAUAAAUGGUGUGUACUCUAUUUGUGUGUGCACAUGUGGGUGUGUGCUAGCUUAGUGUCUGCGUUCACACCCACUUGUGCCUCUUUGCUUGCCUUCUUCUUUCAAUGUGUGAUCAUCCUCAUCACAGCUCUUCCUACCAGCAAUAUAUAGAAAAUUGAGUGUUUGGUUUUCGCUGACAGGUUCUCAUCCUGAUUGGUCGCCAUCCAAUUUAACAAAAACAGCCUCAGUAAAAAUCAAUAGGCAAAACUUCAUAAAAUAUUAAUGCAAUAAAGUUUCACUUGUCAAAGUUGCACACAAAAGAGAAGAACUGAAAAUACAGCUAUUGUGAUUUCAGGAUAGUUGAAAAGAAGUCUAUUUCACUUCAACAUUUAAUCAAUAUUGUUCACAUUUGUGGAGGCGUUUGGAAGAUUACAAUACAAAGUUCCUACUAAGUCUUCUUACUUUAAUCUCAUUUUCUUUAUUAAAAUGACACUAAGCAUUUUUACCACGUUUAAAGGGACAUCUUGAAAAUUGUGGGUGGCACAAAAACAUCAAAUUUUAUGGUUUCAAAGCCACUUUCUGAUGAUGGUUCAAGACAAUCAACAUUAGGGAUGCAGCAAGAAAUCAGCCAGUGGCUGAAAUUUGAACAUUUUUCCAUUUGACCGCUGUUGAAAUUCCAUCCUUGAGGCAAGGAGCCCAGCAUGUCAAAAUCACAAGGCUAGAUGACCUUCUUAGCAUGGUAGCAGGUUCUGCAUUGGCCCAGUAGUGAACCAAUCGGUUCAAUCACAUGUUGAAGUAGGAAAACAUCUAAAAGAUGCAACUCUGCUGGAAAAGGCCAAUCUGUCCUAAUGGCUAAAGGUUUUCUGGGAUGUCAUCUCAGGAUGGGCACAGCAUGCACACCUGUAAAAUAUGCCAUUUGUAAAGUGAAGUCCUGAAUUUCUGUAUCCUACUGAAAAUGUGUGAACUGUGGAUAAAAGUCCUUUUUUUUUUUGCAUGACCCACCAUUUAGGGCACACUCAACCAAAUCUCACAAUUUGGACCAAUAGCGGGGAUUAUAAUAAGAGAUUAUGAUUACCGCCUCAUCACAUUUCCUGCAAAGAAUCCAGCUAGUACAACUUGUCAUGUACUAUUAAAGUCAAAGCCGAAGUGAAUAAAUCAAGACAUUUUGACCAGACAACCGAAGAGGGGGAAAAAAUAAUAUUUAUAUUUGGCAUGAAAUCGUUCAGUCGCACUUUUUCAUUUGCCGCAGUCCUCGUCACUUCAGCUUUUACUGCUGACAGGAUGUCAGGUGUUGAUUUUUAUGGCAGCUAUUAAGAUAUUUAUGUUUGCUGUCAGGUUGCUAAGAACACAGCGAGUCAAACAGGAGGUAGGAGCUCAGAGCUGUCCAGCAUUGGGGUCUGUGGGAGGGCAUUUUGUGGUGUGUGUGUGUGUGUGUGUGUGUG